AUGGAAAAGCAAAACCUUAGAGCUAGUGUCGAUGAAUUGUCUUUAGUUAAAGCAGCUGCAUGGGCAUGGUUCCAACAUGGCUCCGGCUCCGAUGGGAAACCUAUGUGUGAAUUUGAUCUUACGAGGUUUACGAACGUUCCAAAACCAUCAAGGUACAAGUUACAAGCCAUUAAACAAGUUCAAGAAACUACAGAUUCAUCUGGUUCAGCAUUAAGUGUUUUUAAUAAUUCCCUUCUUGAUAAGUACGAGAUAGAGAGGAUAUCAAGGCAACUAGAUUCGUAUAUAGAGUCUAGUCAUGCUCAGCACUACGGCAGGCUUUAUGCCGGUGAUUCAGACGAAAAGGGAACUGUGGUGGCGGUCGGAGAAAGUGGCAGCGGGAUUGGAAUGAAGAGUAAGCAGAAGAAGAUGAAAGAAAUAUCAAAAGGGUACUUUUGGUUUGGGCAUUCAGUGAUUUGUGGUUCAAGACAUGAUGUGGUGCAAAAUAGAAGUUUUGGGCAUCGACAACGGCUGCAGCGACGAGAAAAGCACGUGCCUGUAGCAGUGAGCAAAGGUCCGGUUCUAAAAUCCCGGAAAUGA